ACUCUUAAGUUUUCUCCCACAAAAAUCUCUCAUCCCCCACCUCUAUUUUUCCAAUUCCUCAAUACAACACAAUUCUCAUACCCCUAUCAAACUAGGGGGAUCUCCUUCUGUCUCUUCUCUUUGUUUCAGAUCACUCAGUCCCUCUAUCUCUCUCUCUUUUUUUUUUUUUGGCUUUUCCUUGCUACAUUCUCAGAGGUUCAUCUCUUAUUGGAGGAUAACAUGGCAAAUUCAGCGUCUGGAAUGGCUGUGCACGAUGACUGCAAGCUCAAGUUCUUGGAACUAAAAGCAAAGCGGAACUAUCGGUUCAUCGUGUUUAAGAUUGAAGAGAAGAUCCAACAGGUGAUAGUAGAGAAGCUUGGGGGUCCUGAAGAAACCUACGAUGAUUUCACUGCGUCUAUGCCAGCCAAUGAGUGCCGUUAUGCUGUCUUUGAUUUUGAUUUCAUUACCGACGAGAAUUGUCAGAAAAGCAAAAUUUUCUUCAUUUCAUGGUCACCUGACACAUCCAGGGUGAGGAGCAAGAUGCUUUAUGCAAGCUCGAAGGACAGAUUCAGGAGAGAAUUGGAUGGUGUUCAAGUCGAGUUGCAAGCAACAGAUCCUAGCGAGAUGAGCUUAGAUAUCAUUAAAGGCAGAGCUCUCUAAUUGUUAGAAAGCACUACAUUAUCUUCACAACAGACUUUGAUUUGAGGAGGUUUCCUUAUUGUUUAUUAAUUAGUGAGCUAUCAGCUAUUCCUCUUUUCCGUUUUUGAUUUUUUGUUUUGAAGUUAAUCUUUGUUUGGAACUUUGGAUUUAAAUCUGAAUGAUGAAAGAUAAUUCAUGUUA